UAUAUAAAAAAAGGAAUCGCAAAUCAUUCUGAAUUCUUCAUGUUUUCAAGUGCUUCUUUUCCUUUUGAUUUCACCUGUCUUUCUUUUUUAUUCAGAUUGCAAGAAGUCCAGCAAUUCCUGUGAAUAGAAGAAGGUUGUUCUUGCUUUAUUUCUUUUGACAAAAUAAGAACCUAAAUUUUUACUCUUUGUUAUGAUGGAGGCGUCUCCUAUUAGUUUUGACUUAAGCUCUGACUACGAUGAGACGAUAUCGGUUUGGAAGGAGCCGAAGUGGGACGAUUACAACUGGUUAUCGGAAGUUCUGGAAACCGUUGAUAAGGUGUUCGACGAUCCCGAUGAAGUGUUGGUGGUCGGGGAAGUCAACCCCACCAAGAAAUCAAAAUCACCGAAUUCAGUGGCCAGGAAGGUCGCUGAUGAGGACGAUGGUGAUUGUGUCGUUUUGGAAGGUGACCCAGAUAAGGCCUUGUCGGAUGUUAAUGAUCUCCAUGAAGAUUCCGAUGAGUGUCUUAUUGUCGGCCAAAAAGGGCAGAUUGCAUGCAGAGAUUACCCCCAUCCACGGCAUGAUUGUGCUAGGUUUCCUUUCAGUUCAACCUCACAUGAACAAUAUUGUGAAUUGUGUCAUUGCUUUGUUUGCGACUUAAAAGCACCAUGUAGUUAUUGGGGCUCAGGUACCCGUACCACUGAUCAUUGUCAUGCCACGGAUAAAGAGGAGAGGUGGAAGAAUAUGCGAAAGACUUCCAGGCAUGCCCGAAAAUUUCCCAUACCAGUUACAAAAGCUCCUGUCAUUUCUCACUCUACUGCAAUUCCCCGACUUAACCAAGCUCCAUGCGACGAUACACAGUUCACACUGCAGAAUCAAGUUUCUAGGCUAAUUUUGACUCAAGCUGCUCGGAACCAGAUGCCUCAAACUCACAUCCAACAGCCAUCAUUAAUUCGUGCUCGUUCAUCUUCCAGAUGUAGGGUUCCAUACAACCCUAGUGUGGGUAGUCAACGUGUUUUAAAUAGGACAAUGCAUCCACAUCCAGUUUCACAUCAGUUACAUGGGGUGCAUAAUACCGUAAUUCGAAGGGAUCGAGGUACCAGGAUUCGUAACUUGGGCCCCCAAUUUGUCUCUUCCAACACACUGUCUAAAAGGAUGGAAGCUGUGUCAACAAUGAACCGCACUGCAUAUGUUCCAUCAGAAAACAUUACUUCUAGUAUUGCUUUACAGCAUCAACAGAAUCCCUCUUUGCUUACAGUAUCAAGUGAAAGGAACCCAAACCCAAUUUGCUGGCCAAAUCUUUGUUCUGGUUCAACUUUAGGGGCAAAUACUCACCAGAAGCCUGGUAUGGGCAGUGUCACUAACAAUUCAGCAUCCUCCCGGUCCUCGGCGUUCGGUCAGCCUGUUCCUCAGUCAAGCUUGAACCAAGAUACCAAUCACCUUCAGAAUCAAAAUCAACAGGCAAUGAAUCAUGUUUCUGAUUACGACUUGAACUGGGUCAACAACACCGGUGAAUGCAACCAGCAACCUUCCGUUGGUUGUUCACAGAUUCAAAGCUUCACAAACGAGAAAGAAGCAUCCGAGGAGGUAAAUGAAGGAGAUAAAUCAGUUUUCAACGAGCUGGAGAGCUUCCUUUUCAAUGACCAGUCCUUUCCUGAAGAGUCUCUUGCAGAACUCUCCUCACUUUCUGCCAAUCAUAUGUCUUAUGAUACUGGUAUGAUUUUUUUUGAUGUCGACAUCCAAAACAUCUUGGGAUCGUCUAACUCGUGCAUAACUGAUUAGCGUAGCUUGUGCAUUCUAGAGAAGUAAAGCUGGUACUCAUUCCGCGGUCUACAAAACAGAAGAGAGAAUUAGAGAUGGUAGUUGUUUUAUAGGAUUGAUAUGGUGACUGCAUUAUAAUAGAAGCUUUUAUGGUGUGCAAUUGUACAGAAAUGGGUCGUUUUUCGUUA